AUCUGUUAACAGCACAUAAAAGGUUCCAUUGUCUCAGCAGCCCGUUGUUCUGCUCGCAAAUCAGGCGGACAUCUACGCAACAGCAUCCAGUGUCACCAUGUCAGGCCUGGCACGUCCGAAAGGAAACCCCAAAGGUUUUGACAAGCCAAAAUGCAAGAUUUCUGCAUCUCGGAAACUCUCUCUCAAGAUGCUGCUCCUCAACAGAGCAAUGGAAGAGUUGGAGAAGGAAAAACAAGAUAGGGAUGAAGAGAAAUCACGCUACCUGGAUGAAAAAUUAAUUCCGCUACAACUCUCCGGACUCUCGCUGGAAGAAUUACAAAAUCUGUGCAGAGAACUGUAUGAAAAGAUUGACAUUGUUGAUGAAGAGCGAUAUGACUGUGAGGCUAAAGUGAUGAAGCAUAAUAGUGAUAUUCGUGAACUAAAGUUAAAAGUUGAGGAUUUGGGAGGUAAGUUCAAGAAGCCAGCUCUUAGGAAGGUACGUGUUUCUGCUGAUGAGAUGAUGCGUGCUUUGCUGGGCUCCAAGCACAAGGGUUCCAUGGACCUGCGGGCCAAUCUCAAGUCUGUCAAGAAGGAGGAUAUCAAACAAGAGAAGGUAUUGACCUCAGAAGUAGGUGACUGGCGUAAGAAUGUAGAGGCCAUGUCUGGAAUGGAAGGAAGGAAAAAGAUGUUUGAUGCUGCUGGUGGAACCCAGUGAACUACACACAGAUAAUACCCAUUGGAGUUCUGUGAAAAAU